UUAAUCGUUGGACUAUUUCCGCGUUGGUUCAGACAUUCAAUGGAGGAGCUGUAAGGCGAGUACGAUUAAUUUUUUAACGUGUCGCAACGCCGUGGAUCGAGCUGGGGGGUACAUCGGGCAGAAGGAGACGCACGGACGUGGCGCGGCGCUCCGCAGACAUGCUCUCUCGCGUCAAAUCCGCCGUGGCCAGCUUCAUGGGUGGAAUCAUGGCCGGAUCGUCUAAUAAUAAUAAUGAACGCUCGGGUGGCUCGGACCUGCCGCUUAAAUACCCCUACAUGAGACCCAAGUUUCUGGGACUGUCGGCAGAUGAGAUAGAGUGCUCGGCGGAUCACAUCGCGAGACCUAUCCUGAUCCUAAAAGAGACUCGCAGGUUGCCGUGGGCGACGGGAUACGCCGAGGUGAUAAAUGCAGGUAAGAGUGCUCUGAAUGAGGACCAGGCAUGCUGUGAGGUUGUACUGGUUAAGAAGAAACCUAUAGGAUCCUUGACACCCAGAAAGCUGCCUACAAGUAGAAGGAGGUCAUCUCUUCCCAAUAGCGAUGGCAUGGGCAUGUUGGAAAAUAAUUACAUCUCACCAUCUACACAAAGCAAGAGAGAGCAGCUGACCAAGGAUGGUACACUCUCAGAAAAAAAGGAUUGUAUUUUUCCACAAGACUCAGAAGGGCUGGUCUUCCAUUACUGGGCUCUGUUUGAUGGUCACGCUGGCUCAGGAGCGGCAGUGGUGGCUUCCAGACUGCUACACCAACAUAUUGUGGAGCAGCUCCAAGGUGUUCUGGAGGUCCUGACUAACUUGGCGUCUCUUCCCCCAACUGUAUUGGGUGAAGAACCCAACUACCAUCCAUCCCCAGGCACACAAAGGGCUCUCACCCGGGCUGCUUCCCUACGCGGUGCCACUGGUGCCCCUGGCUCUCCGUGCACCCCUCCAACACGGUUCUUUGUGGAGAAGAAGGUCCAACAUGAAAGCCUUGUGAUUGGUGCCUUGGAGAAUGCCUUCAAGGAAAUGGAUGCCCAAAUCGAGACAGAGAAGGCUAUAUACAAUAUCUCUGGUGGCUGCACUGUGCUUGUAGUGGUCUUCCUGCUGGGAAAGCUGUAUGUUGCUAAUGCUGGAGACAGCAGAGCCAUUAUAAUUAGAAAUGGAGAGAUAAUUCCUAUGUCCACAGAGUUUACCCCUGAGUCAGAGAGACAAAGACUUCAGUUCCUUGGUUUCAUGCAACCCCAUCUGUUAGGAGGAGAGUUCACACACUUGGAGUUCCCCAGAAGGGUGCAACGAAAGGAGGUGGGCAAGAAGAUGUUGUAUCGGGACUUCACCAUGACUGGCUGGGCUUAUAAAACCAUUGAGGAUGAGGACCUCAGAUUUCCUUUGAUAUAUGGAGAAGGAAAAAAGGUAACACUGGCACGAGUGAUGGCCACCAUAGGAGUGACGCGUGGUUUAGGAGACCAUGACCUCAAAGUCCAUGACUCCAACAUCUAUAUUAAACCAUUUCUGUCAUUCUUUCCAGAGGUGAGCUACCUUUUUGUUCAGUUCAAUUGAAAUAUUGUUUAUAAAUGUUAUGUAGAAGUGUGGGGCAUGACUUAAGAAUAUGGCUACUCAUUGGUGGCUUUCCCUGACUCUAAUAAUAAAUACUAGUGGGUAAAAUGGGUGACAUUUAAUACAGUAUGUUUACAUUUAAAUACUCUAAAGCAGUGGUAAGACAACAUCUGAAAAUACACAAAAACAGCAAAGACUCACUUAUCACAAAGUAGUGAUACGAUUUCUAUGACUAACCAAUAAUAUCCUCAUGCCAGCCAGAGAAAGGUGGUGCAAAGUGAAAU